AUGGCGAGGAAGAAGAAAGCAAUACUGAAUAUUUCUACGACGAAAGUUGCAGCGAAGACUCCCUCAGUAAGUUCUCACACUUCAGGCACCAGUACUACUCAAAAUGAUGCCCAAAAUGCAAACCCAGAUGCUCUGAUUUUUUACUCAGAUGGCGAGGAGCUGAUGCAUUCUCCUCUAGUCCACCCUUCGGCUAGUAUGAUUCUACGCAAACUUCAUGAUACUAUUUUGUUAUUGGAUCAGAAUUUGGGGGUUGGUCGUAAUAAUACUGUGGGUGGAACUAACCCUCAGGGGAAUGGAGAAUCUGUUGUUAUUGGGGAUAUUGGGGGAAAUAACACUGAACCUGGGGUAGUUGAACCUCCGAUUGUUAAAGAACCAUGGAAAAAUCUGUUCACUGGAUCUAAAAUGGCUUCAAAAGGGGCGUCCCUAUCUUUUGUUACACCUGUGCUGCAGGAUGGGAAGAAAAUUGCUCAAUUGCAGGAGGAUGAAAUGAAUGAACUCACUGAGAAAUGGAAAUCAUCUAUGGUGAUGUAUGUGGUAGGGGAUUCCCCUACUAUAGCUUCUGUGAAAAGAUAUAUGGAAGGGAUGUGGAAUUCUGUUGCUCAGCCUCAGGUGUUUUACCAUGAUGAUGGUUACUUCAUCAUCAAGUUUGUGAACAUGAAGGACAGAAACCAGAUUAUUGCAGGAGGACCUUAUACAUUUUAUGGGAAACCAGUUAUCAUUAAACCCUGGACAGCAAACUUUAAUUUCUAUGAAGAAGUACUUAGGGUUAUCCCUUUGUGGGUGAGAUUUCCUAAUCUGCCACUCAAUUGUUGGGGGUGUGAUUCACUAAGCAGGAUUGGUAGUCUGUUAGGGGUGCCACUCUUUGCUGAUGAAUGCACUACUAGGCAAGAUAGAGUAUCUUUUGCUCGAGUGUUGAUAGAAAUGGAUAUCACUAGCCCAUUGCCUGAUUGUGUCUGGAUAGAGGAUUCAAAGGGUGGGAUGUUCAAGCAAGCUGUUACUUAUGACUGGUUGCCACAAUAUUGUAAAGUUUGCUGUACUGCAGGCCAUGAUUGUACUAAAAAGACUAAACCACCAGUACCAAAACCUGUAGCCAAAAAGGUGUGGGUUCCUAAAGCUGUCCAACAAGCACAUCCAGUGACAGAACAACAUGAGCAACCUAAUGUUGUGCACACUCCUGAGAUGCCUGUUAACAAUGUAUCUGAUCCUACUCCAUGGAAAAUUGUGACAAGAAGGACUAAGGGAUUGUCUAGAAUGAGGACUUUGAGCCCUAGAAAUCCAUUUACUGUGUUGCCUGCAGAAUUGGGUUUCAAAGAAUUAACAGGAGGUGAUAUGGAGAUGCAAAACCCUACUGAACCCCCUGAUGAAGAAGAAACUAGAGUUAAGGAAAGCAAUUUCUCUAGAGUAGUCAAUAAGUUUGGGAGAAAUUGGAAAUGGGAAAAUAAUUACACUGCAAACCCCAGAGGUAGAAUUUGGGUAGGCUGGCUUUAUCAAGAAGUUGAUAUCCAUGUGUUACAGGUGCAUGAACAAUUUAUUCACUGUGAAAUUAGGGAUAGGUAUGGAGUGGUGGAAUUAAUCAAUGGUACUCCUCUUUCAGCAACAGAAACCAAGGAUUUUGAUGAGUUUAUUACAAGUAAUGGGCUGUGUCCUGUAAAGAGUGUAGGACAUUAUUUUUCUUGGCACAAAGGCACUAGUGAAGGUAAAAUUGCUAGCAGGAUUGAUUGGUGUUUGGGAAAUGAUGAAUGGAUUCAUAAAGUCAGUAAUGUUCAGGUUGAAUACCUAAACCCUUCCAUCUCUGACCACUCCCCUUUACUGAUAAAGUGUCUGCCAGACAAGGUGGAGGGGGGUAGACCUUUCAGAUUUCUCAAUUAUUUGGCUGAUCAUAGUAGCUUUUCUGCUAUUAUUCAGGCAGCUUUUACUGAAGUAUACCAUGGCACUCCUAUGUUUAAGCUCUGGUGUAAGCUGAAAAAAGUCAAGGCUGAACUCAAGAAGUUACAUAGAGAAGACUUCUCUGGUAUUACUGAGAAGAUUACCAUUGCUAGAAGUGAGCUUGAUAAGGUUCAACAGAGUUUGCAAACUGGUAGAUCUCCUGCUCUUCUCAACCAAGAGGUGGUUUGCAUUAAACAGCUUAGGCAUUGGCUGAGAAUUGAUGAGAUAGCAUUGAGACAGAAAUCUAGGAUCCAAUGGCUAAAACUAGGUGAUUCUAACAACCACUUUUUCUUUUCCACUGUGAAAGAAAGAGUUAGAUUCAAUAGCAUUGCCAUCCUAUAUGAUGAUAAUGGCACUAAAUUGGUUGAUCCUGAUCUAAUUCAAACAGAAAUUCUGAGUUUCUACAAAAAGCCGCUUGGCACUUCUGCAAACACUCUUCCCUCUAUUCACAUUCCAACAAUGAGAAAUGGAUCUAGACUAAAUAAUGAUGCUAGACAGGAUCUGUGCAGGGAUAUUACUGAUGAUGAGAUUGAUUUGGCAUUACAUGGGAUUGGCAAUGAUAAGGCUCCUGGUCCAGAUGGUUUAAAUGCAGUCUUUUUCAAAAAGGCUUGGCCUGUCAUCAAACAUGAUAUUUAUAGAGCAGUGAAGGAUGUGUUUGUUACCAAUUCCAUGCUUCCCCAGUACAACUGUACAUCUAUUACUCUCAUUCCAAAAGUUCCUAAUCCUACAAGAGUUAAAGAGUACAGACCAAUUGCAUGUUGUAAUGUGGUGUACAAAAUUGUUUCAAAAAUUCUAACUACAAGAAUGCAAGGGGUGAUUGGACAGGUUGUUAGUGAAUGUCAAUCUAGGUUUAUUCCUGAGAGGCAAAUUUCUGACAAUAUUCUGCUUGCUACUGAGCUCAUUAAGGGCUACACUAGAGCCCAUCUUUCACCCAGAUGUAUGCUCAAGAUUGACUUAAAGAAAGCCUAUGAUUUAAUUGAAUGGCCUUUCUUGAUCAGUGUUAUGGAUGCUCUUGGCUUCCCUCGUAGAUUUGUGCAAUGGGUGUACACAUGCAUUUCCACUGUCUCUUACAGUGUGCUCAUUAAUGGGAAACCUUGUACACCUUUCAAAGCUAAAAAAGGGCUAAGACAGGGAGAUCCCUUGUCUCCUUUUUUAUUUGCUAUUGGUAUGGAAUACAUGUCUAGACAUCUCCAUCAGUUGCAGACCAAGCCUGAUUUUAACUUUCACCCAAGAUGUGCUAAACUGGCUCUUACUCAUCUAAUGUUUGCUGAUGAUUUGCUUCUAUUCUGUAGGGCAGAUCUAAUCUCUAUUGACAUGAUGUUGGCUUCUUUUAAGAAGUUUUCUCUAGCUUCUGGUUUGGAGGCUAAUAUGGAUAAAAGUAACAUUUAUGUUGGGGGUGUUUAUGGUCAAGAUAAAGCUGAUAUUCUCAAUGCAGUUUCUACUCCUGAAGGUUCCUUUCCCUUCAGAUAUUUGGGAGUUCCCCUCUCAACUAAGAAGCUGAAGUAUACUCAAUGUAGACCCUUAAUUGAGAAGGUGUUGGCUAGAGCUAAAGUGUGGACUGUCAAGCAUCUAUCUUAUGCAGGUAGGCUCCAGUUGGUUCAAACAAUAUUGCUGAGUUUACAAUCCUUUUGGUGUCAGAUUUUCAUCUUGCCAAAGAAAGUGAUCAAAGAAAUUCAAGGGUAUUGUAGGGUGUUCCUGUGGACAGGCAACACUGACCCUUCAAAAAAAGCUCUGGUUGCUUGGCACAAUCUUUGCUUGCCCAAAGUUGCUGGUGGUUUGAAUCUGAAAGAUAUGUGCUGGUGGAACAAAGCAGCUGUUGCUAAACUCCUCUGGGCUAUAACUUAUAAGAAGGAUAGACUUUGGUGUAAAUAG